GUGAAAUUAUAAAUACUCUUUCCGUUAUUAUUUAUUGUUAAAAAGUAUAGAAUUAAGUAAUCAAAUGAGGAAGAGAUUUAGUAUGUAUAGCAUCAGCCUGAUAAUAUUAAUUAUAACCUUGGAUCCACUCGCUAAUGUCUAACAAUGAACAUGGAUGGUUUAGUAAAGUGAAAAGCGCAAUAAAUUUAACAGCUUAGAAGCCAAAUUUGUCGAUGAUAAAUAACUAAGAAUACUAAGAUCAAUACAUUGAUUGAUGGUUCAUUUUACGAGUCUACAGUGUGUUUAUUAGAAAAAAAAAACAUCAAAAUGGGCUACAAGUUGACACUAGAAGUUCCGGUAUUUUUCUCUGUAUUUGGAUUUAUGCUGACUGUUAGUGUCAGCAACAAUCUUCUAAUAUACAGAACCUGUUACGUCCUUUUACAUCACAACCGAACAGAAUGUGCCAUGUUAGGCUUCGUAAGCAAUAACGAAACUCAACAUUUGGAAGAAUUAGUGGAACCUACUGCAACUUACAUAACUUUAGUGAAAACCAUUGUCGAAUCGAUAUUUGGUUCCGUGUUAUGUCUUUUCAUUGCGCCAUGGAGCGAUCGCUUCGGUAGAAAACCGGUGUUGGUACUUGGAUUUGUAGGUGGCGUAAUAUCCCUAUUACUACACAUCGUUUUUGCUGCCAUCGAUAACCUGACGCCAUGGUUUUUGCUGGUUGUCACCAUACCAGUCUUACUGACAGGUGGAGGUGCCAGCUUUGCGACAAUCAUGACCGCAUACAUAGCUGACAUCACUUCUAAAGAAAUUCGAGCAAUGAGAAUGGGUUUAUUUGAUAUUGCAAUGGGUUUGGCAGUUUUGUUAGGCAACACUGCUAGUUCUUACUUACUUAUAGCAACAAACUAUGUCAUUGUUUACUGUGUAGCAACGGCUUGUCACGUGGUGGGGCUGGUUUACACUAUAUUUUUUAUACCAGAAUCUUUAAGGCAGAGAGAAACGACUAAUCAAAUAUCUGGAUUCUUUAGCCUAUCAAACUUUGUCCAAAUGGCUAAAACACCAUUUAAACGAAGACAAGACUCUAAUAGAGCCCUGCUUUUACUCAUAAUGAGCGCAAUGCUGUUUGGAUGUUUAACCAUGGGGUCGGCGAAUUUAAAUUUCUACUUUCUCAGAGAGAAGCUUCAUUGGACUUUGACGCAAUUCACUUGGUUUGUGACUGUGAAUAAUUUAUUGGGUAUAGCAGGUAGCAUAAUUAUUUUAUAUCUACUACACACAAUGUUAAAAAUUAAAGAAUCCAUACUCAUAUUUGUUGGAAUAAUUUUCUCCGUAGCUUCAUUGAUAACAAUUGGGUUUGCUAAAAAUGAUUGGCAAAUUUAUUUGGGUUCAAUAAUAAAUUUACCCAGUGCAGGGCAGAGCGCUUUAAUGCGUGCCAUGAUCUCAAAAUUGGUACUCGAAGAAGAAGUAGCCAAAGUACUAUCAGCUUUCGGUAUAGGUUCCAAUAUUCUAGGACCAAUAAGCUCCAUAGGAUACACAGCCCUUUAUAACGCUACAAUUCAAAGUGACGCAGGAUUUUUCAAUUUUGUCACCGCUGCCAUGCAGUUUUGUUCAGCUGUGAUUUUCUUAUUUGUUCUCCUAGUGCAAAGUAGACCUGCCCAUUCAGAAGAAACACUUGAACAGGACGCAGAUAGUUGUGGUGAACCUGAGAAUUUAAACGCUAAUUUAGUGGAUUAGGAAAUAGUAUAUCACAUACCGAGGUGGAAACAUUAAUGAAACUUUUCACCGAGGUAUGUAUACUAUUUUAUUUACAAUCAUUCAAAUUUCGUAAUUUUUAUUUGAAUGAAAACUAAAAAAAUAUAGUAAAUUUUAACAAUUUCAUUUACUUUCGGCCCACAGGAGGAAAGUAAAAGUCAAAAAAGUUACAUUUUCAAACUUUUUGUAAGUCAGAAAAGUCAACAUUACAUGUAUGAUUGUAAAUAAAAGUUAUAUUGCACUAGCACAUUUAAAGUUUAGGAAGAAAAAAGGGGUUGGUUUAUAUUUCGUGCAAAUUGUUCAAUUGAGAAUCAGUGCUACAUAAGUAAGGGAAAGUCUCUGAAAUUUUUUUCUCUAUUCGCAUAAAGUAAUUUUUUUCUUAUUUUAAAUGCUUUUUUAUUGGAAAGAAGCUAUUUACUUACUUUGCCAGGUGUACAGUGUGGCCCAAAUUCGAGCCUCAUCAUUGGGAAUUUAGCAUUCCACAAUUAUUAGUAAUUUUUGAUUUGAACGUAUAGGUACCAAUAAAAAAAAAGUGUAAAGCUCGGUGUAAAGUAUUCGUGGAUAACUGGUCUUUAAAACAAUUGCUCUAUUUCGUAAAGAAUUUAUCUGAAUUUAUUUUUUUACACAUAGUUGAUUGGUAGUAGAAAAAAUUUUGUAUGCAAUACGUGCGUAAAGCACCUUUUUUCACUUUACACACUUGUUGCAUAAAUAACUAUUUUCGAAUAAAUGCGAUACAUCAUAGUUUUUGGAACAUCAGAAGCUCUCAAAAUCUGAAAUAAAAAAUCCAGGGUUGUAUUUAAAAAAAAUAAGUUGAUGAUGGUGGCCAAAAGACGAAACGUCAGAUUUUAAAUUUGAUGGUAGCAUCUUGUAGGGGAGAAAAAGUGGCUACGAUGAAGUGAUAUUUUUUUCGAAAUAUCACUUCAAAUAAAGUCAGGAAAAAAUAAAAACCAUUUUGCAAAAUUUCGGUUUUUUUCUGGAUAUCUCCGGAAGUAUUCGGAAUAUCCUGAAUAUCAAAGCGCCAUUUUGUUGAGCAUCAAAAUGCGUAACUUUGCCAUAAUUUAACCGACCCUGUAUCUCUUACGGUUUCCGAGAUCCCAAUGAUGAGGCUCGAAUUUGGGCCACCCUGUACAGUAAUCAACUGAGUAAAAAUAAAUGAAAUUAAACAAUAGGGAACUUGCACAUUAAAUUAAAUAUGGAAUAAAUAAUAAAACACAAUAACAAUCAUUCUAAUAAAUCAUGCAAUUAGGAAAAAAAUAUAAUAUCUCAUCUCUGGUGUCCAAAAUCUUCAAUUGAAAAUACCAAAUUAUUCGCAAUUCAUGAUGCGAUCAAAAAAGUGUUUAUAUGGGUCGUGACGUCACAAGGCAGUAAUAAUCGGGUCGCGCGGCUGCCACCCCAUGUGCUGCUGGUGUUGCCAAUGUCAAAUCUAUCGUAAACGACAUACAUAACAACAUAACCAUAGUCUAAAUCUACUUGCUCGAAGUUCGAAGUGCUCGUCACUGUCAACGGAAUUUUGUUGCCGAGUGACGUCACACUAAUCGGUCGUUUCAAAUGGCGAUAUUUCGAGCGUAACUUCAAAUAUUUAUAAAAAAUUCACGGCUGAAUAUUAAUUUAUAAAAAAUUCACGGCUGAUUUUUAAUGCUUGAUAUUUGGCAUGACUAAGUCUUUAGUGUAGUAGAACACAUUUUUGAAAUAAAAAAAAAUGUGCAAGUUCCCUAUUACAUCAGGAAAACAAAUGGUUUCAAAUUGUACAAUUAAGCAAACAUCAAAUUUUUAAUUGAAUGAACUUUUUUUUUUUAUUUUAAAUUUUCCAUAAUUCCCGUUUUUAAGAUUUUAAAAGCCGCACAUUAUUUUUCUGUUGAUUUUUGUAUGGGAUUAUAGCUUGGUUUUCAUGAAGUCUUGUUCAGAAAAAAACCAACUAAUUUUUUCUCCCUGAAAUAAGUUAGUUUAGCGCAUAUAAUGGGCGUUAAAAAUUGACGUUUUCGCAGUAGUUUCUAUUUUUAUAAGUGCGACAAUGCAAAAUAUUGAACAGAUAAUCUGUGAUUGUUUAGUAUGUGAUAUUAGGAGAAAAUUGUAGGUAGGUUUCUAUGUAAUAUAUUUUAUAUAUUUGGA